UUCAAAACGUUCCCAACAAUUUCCAGUUCAAAGGACCGACACGUGUUUCAGCUUCUAUGGAAAACCACUGCUGACGAUAAACACCGGUGCCGAGUAAACACUCCCGCAGUUGACAGUUUUGUUCCUACAGAAGCUGGUGAACUUCAUAGUCUUGCCGCUGCCGCAGACAUGACUAUAAAUGUCCUAGUAGAUCCCAUAUGUCGAAUCCAACACAACAAUGAACGCGUUUACCAUCGCUAUACCAUCUAUACCCUCUCCACUAAGUCUCUGGACGACCGCACGGUCGUUUGGCGCACUCAAUGUCGCUGGGUCACUUGCUGCACUAUGGGCUUUUGUCAAAGUCCUAAGGGUGCUUCGCUGGCGAUUGAAGACGACUCAACUCCGGGGUCCACCUCGUACCAGCUUUUUAUACGGCGUUUCACGCGACCUCGGCUCAUCUCAUGAUAGCGGUACGAUGUAUGAACAUUGGGCAGAGGAAUAUGGGGUAGCGUAUAUGAUUCCGAGCGUCCUCGGACAAACUAGAAUCAUACUGUGCGACCCAAGAGCUAUAGCACAUUUUUUUGCCCGAGAGACAUGGACCUAUGUGAAAACGCCCCGUGUGUUGGCACUUACAGAAGCAUCAAUCGGCAAAGGGCUACUAUGGUCUGAGGGUGAAACCCACAAAAGGCAGCGGAAGGCCCUUACGCCAGCUUUCAGCAGUGCAGCCAUUCGGAAACUCACAUCAGUGUUUUAUGACUCAGCAUACAAGGCCAAAGGUAAAUGGGAUACCAUUAUAGAAUCGAGCAAAGAUGGGAAUGCUGUGAUUGAAGUUCAAAACUGGAUGAAUCAUAUAUCUUUGGAUACGAUUGGCAUCGCUGGUUUCUCCCAUGAUUUUGGCUCGCUCGAUGGAAAGCACGUCAGCGUGGCCGAGGCGUUUGAGAAUUUCGGAAACAACUCACAGCCCUCAGCAGUGAAACAAGCUUUUAUCCUGCUCGCGUCAGCGGUUCCUUUAAUUUACAAGAUCCCCACUAAGCGGAUGACCUUGUUCAAGAAACUUGGUGCAACCAUGGGAGAAAUAUCGAACGAGUUGUUGAUUCGCAGUCGCCGGGAAAAGGAUGCAAAUAUGAGUGAGAGAGACGAGGAGAAGUCCAUUAUUGGAUUGUUGCUCAAAUCUGAAAGCCAGGAUGCCGAGUUUCAUAUGUCCAAAGAGGAAGUAGUGGCUCAGAUGAAGGUCUUGCUUAUCGCGGGUUAUGAGACGACAUCCGUUAGUCUUACGUGGUCGCUGAUCCACCUAUCACAACGCCCCGACAUCCAAACGAAACUCAGAGAGGAACUGUUUGCGUUUGGUGCUGAUCCAACAUAUGACCAAUUAAAAGCCAAUCUCCCAUACUUGGAUGGGGUCGUUCAUGAAGUUCUACGACUCCAUCCUGCUGUACCCGAGUUUAUUCGUGUUGCAGCUGCAGACGAUGUUAUUCCAUUGAGCGAACCUGUGCGCACCGCGUCCGGGGAAAUGACGGACAAUAUAUCUGUAGCGAAGGGGACAUUGAUAACGAUAUCAACCGCGGCGAUCAAUCGCUCUUUGGCCAUCUGGGGACCUGACGCAAAGGAAUUCAAGCCUGAACGUUGGCUGGCUGAAGAGGGCAUCAGCGGGAAGGCCAAGGACGUCCAAGGCCACAGGCAUCUGCUGACAUUUAUCGAUGGCCCAAGGACGUGUCUUGGAAAAGAUUUUGCAGUUGCGGAAUUCAAGACGGUUUUGUUGAUUCUGGUGAAGAACUUUGUGUUUGAGAUGCGGGAUGGACCAGAUACUCAGGUCGAGGUUGGGAGGGGGAUUUUACCUCGUCCGCGGGUUGUCGGAGAGGAUGGCGUUGGAGUACCUUUGAAAGUUCGUCGGUAUGAGUGAUUGACUACGCUGCACUAGCAGGUUUGAAUGUUGCUAUAUUUUCCUCACUUAUUCGCCGCCGGGACUCUUAGAUGGUACUCAGAUGUGGUGCGCAUGCUUGGUAUCGUAAUAGUUCUGUCAUGUCAGACUGUAUGCCAUGAAGGGCAGGCUGGUAAUGUAAUUAAUGCUG